CGUAGACCUCUCUCUCUCUCAUGACCACCACCGUCGGGCUUAUUCGGUCUCUCCGCCGCAAACAACUCCACGCAGCUUCGGUCUCUUCGGCGUAUAGAUUCAGUAACUCUGCUAGCGCCGGGGGGAGGACGACGGAGCUCCGGUUAGACGGAGUCAAAGAUAUCAUAGCCGUUGCGUCUGGUAAAGGCGGAGUAGGAAAGUCUUCGACAGCUGUGAACUUAGCUGUUGCAUUGGCCAACAAAUGUGGACUUAAGAUUGGAUUACUUGAUGCUGAUGUGUAUGGGCCAUCUGUUCCUAUCAUGAUGAAUCUCAAUCAAAAGCCUCAAGUCAACCAAGAUAUGAAGAUGAUUCCAGUGAAGAACUAUGGAGUUGAAUGCAUGUCAAUGGGUCUCCUUGUAGAGAAAGAUGCACCACUUGUGUGGAGAGGUCCUAUGGUAAUGAGUGCUCUUGCUAAGAUGACAAGAGGAGUUGCUUGGGGAGAUCUCGAUGUUCUUGUUGUUGAUAUGCCUCCUGGAACCGGUGAUGCUCAGAUUACCAUAUCCCAAAAUCUUAAACUCUCAGGUGCAGUGAUUGUAUCAACUCCACAAGAUGUUGCGCUCGCUGAUGCUAAUCGAGGAAUCUCCAUGUUUGAUAAAGUUAGAGUACCUAUUUUAGGACUUGUGGAGAACAUGAGUUGUUUCGUUUGUCCUCACUGUAACGAAGCUUCCUUCAUAUUUGGGAAAGAAGGAGCACGGCGGAUGGCUGCAAAGAAGCGUUUGAAACUCAUCGGUGAGAUUCCACUGGAAAUGAAGAUUAGAGAAGGUUCUGAUGAAGGUGUACCUGUGGUUGUUUCUUCACCAGCUGAUUCUGUAGUAUCAAAAGCUUAUGAAGAUCUAGCUCACAACGUGGUGAAUGCACUCAAGGAGCUACGUGAUAAUCCAGUGAACGAGAUUCAGAUGAAACUUAACGUUCCACAUUCUAGCGGAUCAUCAUAG